CUGCCCCACAUGCCACCUCAGGUCUUUCUCCACCUUGUUGUAAUAUUUUAGCUGGUUUCACAAUAUGAUAAUCGACUCAUUGUCAGAUAUAUAAGUAGAGAGGGGCAACAGUCGACCAGAACAUCGGUUACCAACUUUGGUGAAACCCUCGACUACAGAGCAGCUUUUCAACGCCUGCAAGAAAGCAAGAUGAAGUUGGCUGUGGUAUUCCUGGCGCUGUCCAUGGUUGUGCUUAUGGCUGAACCUGGAGAAGGAUUUUUGGGAGAUGUUUUAAAACAGGUUGCCGGACGAUGCGUCAAUGGUGUCCUUGGAAAUAAGAAGGCAAUGGACCAAGCCAAUCUGCAGGUGGACCAGCAGAAACUGGACCAGCUUUUGGACCAGUUGGUCCAGGAGCAACUGGACCAGCAGAAACUGGACCAGGAACAACUGGACCAGCAGGACGAAGACCAGCUGCAAAUGCAAAAACGUUCAUUCCAGCAACACUAGUCUUUGCAGCGUCAUUAGACAACAACCCAAAUAUGAUUUGGGUCAAAUUGCCCACAUGCAUAUUUACAAAAUAAACAUGCAUUUUGCUUUUCCUGAAGGAUUUUUGCUUGAUUGAUUUUGAUACAGUUAACUGAUAAAUAAAAAAUGGCUUGGCAGCAUGAUAAACUGA